AUGGAUGAGUACCAUAAGGAGAUGGAGAUCCUGAUGCUUAGGUCAGAUGUACAAGAGGAUCCCAAAACCACUAUAGCUAGAUUCUUGAACGGGUUAAGACCCGAUAUUGCUGAACGAGUGGAACUUCAACACUAUAUGGAGUUGCAUGAGUUUGUUAACAAGGCCAUUAAGAUUGAACAAAGGCUCAAGAGGAAAGGUACUACUCGACCGAAUUUCAACAAUACCACCUACUCUACCAACCGUUCAUUCCAACCAAGGAAUGAUUCUCAACCUUUACCAAAUGCUCCUACACCAAAGUCAAGAUUCGAGGGAGGUAAGGUGGACAAUUCUAAUGUUGAGAAACCACCCUCUUCUAUUCUAAAAUUUGAGGAGCCUAGGGCACAAACUAGAGCUCAUGAUACUCGGUGCUUCAAAUGCCAAGAUAGAGGCCAUAUUGCUAGUCAGUGUCCCAAUCAAAGGAUUAUGAUUAUGAUGCAAAAUAGCGAAAUCGUGAGUGAGGGCGAAACCGAAUAUGAAGACAUGCCACCUCUUGAAGGAGGUAGUGAUGCUAGUUCACUCAUGGUGGACAACUUGAGGCUACCUACAAGGGAUCACUCGCGACCCUACAAACUCCAGUGGCUCAACAAUUCUGGGGAGGAGUAUGCUGAUAUCUUCCCCGAGAAUGUGCCAAGUGGAUUGCCAUCACUUAGAGGCAUUGAGCAUCAAAUUGAUUUUUUUCUGGAGUUUCAUUGCCAAAUCGACCAUCUUACAAGAGCAAUCCGGAGGAGAUCAAGGAGUUGCAACGGCAAAUGGAUGAGUUGCUUAGCAAAGGAUGGACACGGAAUGAAAAUGGACGAUCAAAAGGUGAAAGCUAUUCAAGAGUGGCCAACACCAAGGUCUGUGGGUGAUGUUCAAAACUUCCAUGGAGUUGCAGGUUUCUAUAGGAGAUUCGUGAGGGAUUUUAGCACCAUUGCUGCACUCUUGACCGAAUUGAUCAAGAAGAAUGAGAAUUUCCAUUGGAGAGAUUCUCAAGAAAAGGUUUUUUGCGCUUUAAAGCACAAACUCACACAUGCACCUAUACUUGCCUUACCUGAUUUUUCUAAAACAUUUGAAAUUGAUUGUGAUGCUUCAGGUAUUGGAGUUGGAGCUGUGAUGAACCAAGGUGGAAAGUCUAUUGCCUACUUUAGUGAGAAACUCAAUGGGGUUGCACUGAAUUACUCAACUUAUGAUAAAGAGUUGUAUGCCCUUAUUCAAGCACUACAAGUGUGGCAGCAUUACUUAAGGCCUAAGGGAUUCGUGAUACACACUGAUUAUGAGUCCCUUAAGUACCUUAAGAUCCAACACAACUUGAGCAAGAAGCAUGUAAAGUGGAUUGCAUUCGUGGAGUCCUUUCCGUAUGUAACUAAAUACAAGACUGGUAAGUCCAAUGUGGUUGCGAAUGCACUCUCACGAAGGUACUCUCUAAUAACUUCUUUAGAUGCUAAGUUGUUGGGAUUUGAGUUAAUUAAAGAGCUCUAUGCACAAGAUAGUGACUUCGUCCGUGAGCUCUUGGUAAGGGAAUCCCAUUCGGGCGGACUUAUAGGACAUUUUGGGGUUGAUAAGACUCUUGCCAUGCUGCAGGAACACUUCUACUGGCCGCACAUAAGGAGAGAUGUUGCACGGGUGGUGGGGCGCUGCUUAGCACCUUUUCAAGUAUUGGAGCGCAUCAAUGACAAUGCUUACAAACUUGAUCUUCCUGGUGAGUAUGGAGUUAGUGCUACGUCUAAUGUUUCUGAUUUAGCUCCUUUUGAUGCAGAUGAUACUUUUGAUUUGAGGACAAAUCCUUCUCAAGAGGAAGAGAAUGAUAGCAUCAUGGUGCGUGGGCAUGCUAACGGUGGCUCGGGUGAUCGAGGCGCUGAGGAUAACGUGCACGCUCCAAGCGGACCCAUCACUAGGGCUCGCGCACGGAGACUUAGUGAGCAACUCAAUGAAACACCGCAUCCAGACCAGAUCAUUUUGGAGUCUCUCAACUUGUCAUCGAACAUCUUUCAGGAAAGCAAAGUUUUGAAUCAGCAGAUCACCAGUUCUGUCAAUGACAGGAGAGAUAACAAGGAAAUUAUUGCUGCCGUAAGGUCAAAACUCUUAUCUCUUCACUUUAUUUCAAAGCCACUGAUGUUUGCAUCUUGCAUGCCAAAGUGCAUGGUAGAAGCUCCACACGUGGUCGAUUAG